AUGCUGAGCCUCGCCCAAGACCUCUACCAAUUCCGCGAUCUGAUCGGUGAGCUGGUAUUGCGCGAUUUGCGGGUGCGCUAUCGGCGCUCGGCGAUCGGCUUUCUGUGGUCGAUGCUGCAGCCGCUGCUGACCAUGCUGGUGCUGCAGAUGGUGUUCGCGCACAUCUUUCAGGUCCGCAUGCCCGACGGCGCCAAGAUCCGAAACUUCCCGGUCUACGCUCUGUCCGGCAUCCUGUUCUGGAAUUUCUUCUCGCAGUCGAUCAUCACCUCGAUGAACAGCCUCAAGGGCAACGCCUACCUGUUGCAGAAGCUACCGGUGCCGACCGGAGUCUUCCCGGUGACAGCAGUGAUUUCGGGGGUGGUCAAUCUGGUGCUGGCGCUGGUGCCUCUGGCCGGGAUCCUGCUGUACACCGGCCAUCCAAUCGGCCCGUCGGUAUUUUUCUUACCGGUAGCGAUCCUGAUCAUCACCGCCUUCACUCUGGGCAUGGGCUUCCUGCUAUCACCGCUGGCAGUGUUUUUCAGCGAUGUCAUCGAGUUGGUGAUGGUGGUGCUGACGCUGGCGUUCUACUUGACGCCGGUGUUCUACCCCAAAGAGAUGCUGGCUGACACCAAGUUCUAUUGGGUGGUGUUCUACAGCCCGAUCCGCUCGAUUCUAGAGGUCUUCCGUGACCCGAUCUACCUCAACAAGAUCCCGCCGGUCAGCCAUCUCAGCCUGGCGACCGCGUUAGCCUUGCUGGCCCUAGUGAUCGGCGGCAUCGUCUUUCAUCGCAGCAGCCACCGGAUCCCGUUCUACGUCUGA